CCUGGCGACACUGCGUUUUAUUCCCAGUAUUUAAUAGUGGCAACAACAACCCUGACCAACACCGGCUGACUAGACUUGAAAAGAGUAAAUAAAGUACACCACGUGUUUUUCAAACUGUCAUCAGGUUUUUACUGCUAUAAUCAAACAGUGGAAUUCACUCGCAAUCAUGGCUGUCGAUAUUGUUGAAAUGCUUAAGGAGUCGAGAAUGACGAAAAUCUGUGCUCCAAUGGUUCGAUAUAGCAAAUUGCCAUUCAGGGAUUUGGUUCGACGUUACGCCUGCGAUAUCUGCUUUACACCGAUGAUUUUAGCUGACUCGUUUGUGCAAUCCUCAAAAGCAAGGGAUAAUGAAUUCAGUACAAAUAAGAAGGAUGAACCUUUAGUUGUACAAUUUGCGGCCAAAACACCUGGGGAUUUUGCUAAUGCUGCCGAAAUGGUUGCACCGUACUGUAACGGAGUGGAUUUAAAUUGUGGCUGUCCCCAGCGCUGGGCCAUCAAAGAGGGUUACGGAGUAGAUUUACUCUCAAAACCUCAGCUGGUGAAAGAGCUAGUGCAAACCGUUCGAAACCGCAUACCCGCUCCUUUCACCGUCUCCGUAAAGAUCCGUCUCCUGAAGGACCUCCCUAAAACGAUCGAUCUCUGCAGGACACUUGAAAAAUCUGGAGUAUCCUUUCUAACGGUUCACGCUCGUACCGCACUGAUGCGUAACCAGCCAAUUGAUCUGUUCUCCCUCAAAGCCAUAAGAGAAAGCAUCCAGAUCCCUGUAAUAGCGAAUGGCGGAGUAAACUCAUUGCAGCAGGCGAAGGAUCUUUACGAGUCAUCAAAAUGUCAGGGGAUCAUGGUAGCCAAUGGACUUCUCACGAAUCCAGCGCUUUUCUCAGGAGCAACCGUCACUCCUUUAACAUGUAUUCAGGACUGGUUGAACAUAACAUCGACUAUUCCCACGAAUUUCCUCACCAUGCAUCAUCACCUUGUCUUCAUGCUUGAAAAAAGUCUCCCCAAAAUUCAACGCCAGAUUUUCAAUAAUCUACAGACACGAGAGUCCUCUUUGGAAUUUAUCCACUCACAUUACGGAGUUACUCCCCAGGCUGUACCUGAAAGCAUCGAACCUAUUGCCUGCUCUUAUCAACUCCCACUCAGACAUAAUUCAAAAUUAAUUGAACAAUCUGAUAGUGGAGAUGAGUGGGAAAUAAUUCCGAGUUUCUUUGACGAAGAAAAGUUGACGUGCAAUAUCGAUCCCAAUUGACGAUUCAAUAAGUUAGAUGUGCUCAGCAACAACAGUUCUGGAAGAAUUUCAUGAGAAGAAUAUCAAGUAUCAAGUAUAAAUGUCCAGGGGUUGUUGGGGUGAGAUGCAUGUGCAUGGCUUCCUCAAAUCGAUUGAAAUCAACGCGAACGCAGGCGUGUGGACUUGCGCUCUGGGGCUGUAUUUGUGGGGGUUUUUUCUGGA